CUUUAUUUUUUUUAAUUUUUUUUUGCAAGUGAAAAUAUAUUUAUUUAUUCUUCCCUCCGUCACUCGGUUUUCAGUCUGGUUUCCCUCCCAUUCUCUGUUCCUCCUCCUCCUUCGAGUAGUCCAGGAGGCAGGAGCGACUCACUCUCACUUGCUCCUUCUUCUCGCUCUGCAAACCCUAGAGGAGGCCAGCUCACUGGUUUCAUUUCAUUUGUUGGGUUCCAGUAGAAGAUGGACAAGGGAGGUUCCCCUGACAAAGCGGAAGCAAAUCCAAUUCUGCCAGUGACAUCUCCAAAUGCAGCAUCAACUGUGGAGUUUGAAGGCUCAAAUCCUCCAAAAUUUUCUAUAAUCAACAGGAGUGGAACAGGAACUUCUGGAAAACGCGUAGCCCUACUUGCUAACCACUUUAAAGCCAACAUCAAUGUUCCAGAUGCUGUGUUUUACCAGUAUAAUGUGACUAUUUUACAAGAUAACAAAAAGGUCGAAGGCAAGGGUAUCAGCAGGAAAAUUAUUGAUAGACUCUACAGAACGUACCAUUCUGAACUCGCUAAUAGAAGUUUUGCUUAUGAUGGAGAGGGAAUUCUGUAUACAGGUGGCCAGCUGCCACAAAAUAGGUUUGAAUUCACAGUGGUGCUUGAGGAAUCUUUUGUGGGGCGUGGGAGUGGGGAUGGUGAGAGUCCUGGCAGUCCUAUUAAGCGCUCAAGGCAGUCUUUUCAAUCGAAAACUUUUAGUGUGGAAAUAAGCUAUGCUGCCAGCAUACCUUUGAAGUCUAUCGCCCUAGUCCUAAGAGGAGCAGCAGCAGAACAUGAUUCUUUUGAUCCUCUCCGUGUGCUUGCUGUUGUGCUGAGGCAGGAAGCAGCAAACAGAGGAUGCCUCCUGGUGCGGCAGUCGUUUUUCCUGUAUGAUUCAGCAAACACCGUUGAUGUUGGAGGAGGUGUUACUGGCAUCAGAGGGUUUCAUUCCAGUUUUCGUACAACUCAGGGUGGUUUGUCCCUCAAUAUGGAUAUGUCUACCACAAUGAUUUUGACUCCUGGACCUGUGAUUAAUUUUCUUCUGGCAAACCAGAAUGUUAAGGAGCCUCGCUAUAUUGACUGGGCAAAGGCCAAGAAAAUGCUGAAGAACAUGAGAGUUAAGACUAGUCAUCGCAAUAUGGAAUUUAAAAUCAUAGGUUUAAGUGAGAAGCCAUGUAAUCAGCAAUAUUUCCAGAUGAAACCAAGAAAUAGUAAUGGUGUAGGAGAUGGACAAACAAUUGAAAUUACUGUGAGCGAGUAUUUUUCUCAGCACUUGGGCAUUGAACUUGAAUCUUCUUUAUACUUGCCUUGUCUUGAUGUUGGCAAAUCAAAACGGCCCAUUUACUUACCUAUGGAGCUUUGUUCACUUGUCCCACUUCAAAGGUACAAAAAAGCCUUGUCAGCAUUGCAAAGAGCAUCUCUGGUAGAAAAAUCAAGACAAAAGCCCCCUGAAAGGAUGCGGAUUCUAAGUGAUGCCGUGAAAAACUGUCGAUACAAUGAGGAUCCUGUGCUAGUGGAUUGUGGUAUUUCCAUUGCAAAGCAUAUGACUAAGGUUGAAGGUCGCGUCCUUGAAACGCCAAAGUAUGUUACUAAUUUGCAGUUGAAGGUAGGCAAUAACAAUGAGUGCAUCCCUCAAAAUGGACGGUGGAAUUUCAAUCAGAAGACAUUUAUACGUCCUAUCAAGGUUGACCGUUGGGUAAUUGUCAACUUCUCCGCACGCUGUGAUACGAGCCGCCUUUCCCGUGACCUUAUAGACUGCGGCAGGACAAAGGGCAUGCAAAUUGAAUGUCCUGUUGCACUAAUUGAGGAAGAUCCACAACAAAGAAGAGAGGGCCCUGUUGCAAGGGUCGAAAAGAUGUUCGAACUGAUUAGAAUGAAAUUGUCGCGCCCCCCGAAAUUCAUUCUAUGUGCCUUGCCAGAAAGGAAAAUUUCAGAUAUCUAUGGACCCUGGAAGAAAAAAUGUCUUACUGAAUUUGGCAUUGUUACACAGUGCAUUUCCCCUUUGAAGAUCAAUGAUCAAUACCUUACUAAUGUUCUUCUUAAAAUCAACUCAAAGCUCGGUGGAAUAAAUUCUUUGUUGGCCAUUGAACAUGCUUCAUGUAUUCCCAAAAUAACAGACACCCCAACAAUGAUUUUGGGGAUGGAUGUCUCUCAUGGCUCCCCUGGUCGAUCAGACAUGCCAUCCAUAUCUGCGGUUGUCGGAUCUCGAUGUUGGCCACUCAUUUCACAAUAUAGAGCUUCUGUAAGAACACAGUCACCCAAGCUGGAGAUUAUUGAUGCUUUAUACAAGCCUUUAGCUAAUGGGGAGGACGACGGCAUCAUGAGGGAACUGCUUCUGGACUUCUAUGAGUCAAGCAAGGGACGCAAGCCAACUCAGAUCAUUGUGUUCCGUGAUGGAGUAAGCGAGACACAAUUCAAUCAAGUUCUAGACAUUGAACUGCAGCAGAUUGUAAAGGCCUAUAAUCAUCUGGGAGAAACCAGUGUUCCUAAGUUCACGGUGAUUGUGGCUCAGAAGAAUCAUCAUACAAAGCUAUUUCAAGCAAAUGCCUCUGAAAAUGUCUCCCCUGGGACAGUAGUGGACACAGAAAUUGUGCAUCCAAGAAACUACGACUUCUACAUGUGCUCUCACGCAGGAAGUAUUGGAACUUCUAGGCCAGCACACUAUCACGUCUUGAUUGAUGAGAAUGGUUUCUCUGUGGACGAGUUGCAAAAUCUAAUCCAUUCACUAUCAUAUGUGUACCAGAGGAGUACCAGUGCAAUCUCAAUUGUGGCUCCCAUAUAUUAUGCACAUCUCGCUGCAAGACAGAUGGGGCAGUUUGUAAAAUUCGAGGAUCUAUCAGAAACUUCAUCUGGAGGUCCAAUCCCCGAGCUACCGAGGUUGCACGAGGAAGUUGAAAGUUCCAUGUUCUUCUGUUAAGGUGCUUUCUUUCUGCUCUCUCUAUUGUAUAUACAGAGAUAUCAAAAUGUAAAUGUCAGGUAACAUUUGCAUAUAUCAUGGGAAGUAAGUCUCCGGAACCCAACCUCAAGGCGGUUUAAAUCACUUAGGUGUAGGAGUCACUAGAACCGCUCUGUUUGUCACUCAGAAAUUCUUUUGGACCACAUCCUGGGUGCUAGGAACAGGAUUUUAUUGGCGGGUUAAGUGUUCUUGGAAUUAUAUCAAUCUCCCACCACUGGGCAGGGAAAUUGAAAUGCAUCGGAUGCUGCAAUGUGGGAACUUCUGAUCCUUUUUUUUUUUUUUGCUGGGUUACAAAUGUUUGCUUUCCUGUUAUAAAACUCCGUGGCAGGAUGUUGAGAUCCGUGGUUAACUCUCUAUUCAGUUCCAUUACAAAUGUUAGCUUUCCCGUUACAUUUUGCAGCUGCAUGAAAUAUACCAUUCCAUAAAAUUUUACCAA